GGGGGCGAGGCUCACACCUAUUGGGAUACAGCGUUCUCUCGAUUUUGCCCUAAUUUGCAUCCUACCUUACGAUCUUCUUGAUUAUUUUCAACAACUAAUCUCCAAUUCGUGAGCUCCUCAAAGCGUUUCGCAAGAUUAAUCGCCGGAAAACUGAGGUUCAAUUCGAGUUUGGAGAAUCUGUCGAUUAUAUAUCCAGAUUCACGACGACUGGAAGGAAAUCGGGUAAUCCGUAAGUAGAUCUGAGAAAUUCGAAGCGAAUCUAUCGUUGUAUCGGAAGAAUCAAGCACGGGAAGAGCUUGGCGGCAAAUAGAAUAAUUAGGGUAACUCGUUAUCGUCCGAGGAAUCGGUUAUUUUGGAGGCCCUAGUUCGUGAGAUCCUUCGAUUUUUUUCAUCGAUAUUGAAAGUAAGAGUUCCUGUGGAGGUGUAUCUGAACGUAAGAUUCUGACGAACUGAAGAAUCUACGCAGAUCGUUCGAAAAUUCGAAGGAUUGGCGGCGCGAAGAUGUUUCAAGGAUUUGAUUGAAGCCUUUUGCAGUUUGAAGCCUUUCCUGAGUCGGUUUGAUCUUUUCCAGAGUUACUGAAGAGUGGAAAAACGAAAAAAUAGGGAUUCUUGGUCGUCGAUUUUUGUACUGUUAUUACAUCUUUUUGUUUCGGUGUUCAAUUCAGGCGUUUGAUAAUUUUCUUUUAUAUGAACGCCUUUAUUGAUACUAGUAUUGCAUUUUGUGCUUGUUCCUGAUAUCUUUUUUGAGGGAAAAGAAAAGAAUUUAUAUUAAAUUAUGGCAGUAUAUUACAAGUUUAAAAGUGCAAAAGAUUAUGACUCGAUUCCCAUCGAUGGCCAUUUUAUAACAGUUGCCUCUUUGAAAGAAAAAAUAUAUGAAUCAAAGCAAUUGGGCAGGGGCACUGAUUAUGAUCUUGUCGUCACCAACGCCCAGACUAAUGAAGAAUAUCUUGAUGAAGACAUGUUGAUCCCCAAAAAUACUUCUGUUUUAAUUCGUCGAAUUCCUGGACAGCCUCGCAUGCCUAUAGUUGCAGCACCAGUUACUGAACAAGCCGAGCCAAAAGUGGUUAAUGAUCUGGAGAGUGCGCAAUCAGCAAAGAGUAACUUUUCAGGAGCUGGCCUCUCUUUUCCCAACUAUCUUGAUGGUUCAGAAUACGAUGAAUUUGGAAACGACUUGUAUGAAAUUCCUGAAGUUGUGCCGAUUGCUUCUAGCAAUCAACUUCAAGAUGCUCCCGCGCCUAGUAAAGCUGAUGAAGACAGCAAAAUUCAGGCCUUAAUUGAUACACCAGCCUUGGAUUGGCAGCAGCAAAAUUUUGAUGGCUUUGGCGCUGGUAGAGGCUUUGGGCGUGGAAUGGGUGGUAGAAUGGGUGGGCGUGGUUUUGGUCGGGGUGGCGGCUUUGAGCGAAAAACACCACCUCCAGGCUAUGUAUGCCACCGAUGCAAAACCCCAGGACAUUUUAUUCAGCAUUGCCCCACAAAUGGUGAUCCUAAUUUUGAUAUCAAGAGAGUGAAACCUCCGACUGGCAUUCCAAAAUCUAUGUUAAUGGCUACUCCGGAUGGUUCAUAUGCAUUACCCAGUGGUGCAGUGGCGGUUUUGAGGCCAAAUGAGGCUGCUUUUGAGAAGGAGAUCGAAGGGAUGCCUUCUACUCGUACCGUUGGUGAUCUCCCCCCAGAACUCCACUGCCCUUUGUGCAAAGAAGUGAUGAAAGAUGCUGUUCUCACAAGCAAGUGCUGUUUCACGAGUUUCUGUGAUAAAUGUAUACGAGAUCACAUUAUCUCCAAAGCAGUGUGUGUCUGUGGUGCAACGAAUGUGCUUGCAGAUGAUCUCUUGCCCAAUAAGACACUGAGGGAUACAAUCAACCGGAUAUUGGAGUCAAAUAAUAGCAGUGCUGAAAAUGGUGGCAGUGCUUUUCACGUUCAAGAUAUGGAGUCUGCUAGGUGUGCACCGCCACAGCCUAAGAUUGCAUCCCCUUCACGGUCUGCAGCCUCCAAGGGGGAGCAAGCUCCACCACCGAAUGGUGAGACUACAAUGACGCGGCAAGGCCCGGGCCCGGCAGAAAAUGACGCAGAUCCUAUAGUUCAGCAGCCAGUCUCGGGGAAAGGAAAAAUUGCAAAAGCUCCUGAUGUCUCUGAAGCUACAUAUGAGUCAAAAAGUAUGAUGGAACCAGCAUCACAGGGAAGCGCUCGGGUGGCUGAUGAUGAAGUGCAGCAGAAGCAAGUUCCUAGUGAGGCAGCGAAGAAGAAGAAAAAGAAGAAGGUCAACAUGCCUAUAAGUGCUGCAGAGAUGCAGUGGCGGGCCUCCCAGGAUUUUGCAGCUGAAAACUAUAUGAUGCCUCCAGGUCCUUCUCCUUACAAUCCUUAUUGGAACGGCAUGCAGCCCGGAAUGGACGCAUUUAUGGGGCCGUAUGGUGGUGGCAUGCCGUAUAUGGGUGGUUAUGGACUUGGGCCAAUGGAUGUUCCAUUUGGAGGCAUGUUCCCUCAGGAUCCUUUUGGGGUAUCAGGGCUCAUGAUGCCUCCUUUUAUCCCACCUCAGAGGGAUCUUGCGGAGUUGGGGAUGGGCAUGAAUGGUGGUGGUCACGGUGGACCUGGUGGACCGCCCAUUAUGAGUCGGGAGGAAUUUGAAGCAAGGAGAGCCGAACUAAAGUGGAAGCGUGAUUUUGAGAAACGUGGUGGUGGAACUGGAAGCAGCAGGGAAUUACCGAAAGAGAGGGACUUCAGCCGAGACUCGCGCAACAAUGAGGAUGCUCCUUCAAUGAAGUCGAAAUCCAGACCAAUUCCACCGCCCAGCAGUGAUGGUCACCGCCAUAGAACCGAGAGGCCGUCACCUGAACGCCGCCAUUCCCGUGACGACGGCCCUGAUGUUCCUCCACACCCAUCCUCAAAGAGGAAAUCUUCUAGCGAUCGUUAUGAUUAUGAUGACUACGAUGACGCAAACCACCACCACCAUCACCAUGCGCAGCAGCACAAGAGUCACCGCCGUUCAGAAUCAUCCACCACCCGAAGGCCGCCCCAAGCGCCACUAACCUCAGAUCCCAAGGCGGUUACAGCAGCGGCGGCAGCCUCUGCUGCAACUAGUGCCAGUGAUCGGAAACAUAAGCCGAGCGUCUUCUCUCGUAUCAGCUUCCCAGAGGAAGAAGCGGCAGCUGCAGCCGCUGCAGCUUCCAAGAAACGCAAGCUUACAUCAAGUUCCUCCGAAGCUGCAUCUGCAGGUGGUCCCACGGCGGUGUCAAGGAAGAGUAGCACAAACUCCUCCGCGGCCGGCGCCAGCGUAGAUUAUGAAUCUAGCGACGAUGACAGGCAUUUCAAGAGGAGACCUUCGAGGUACGAGUCGUCUCCGGCAAGAGAAAGGGAACGGGAACGGGAGCGUGAUCGAGACCGAGACCGAGACAGAGACCGGGAACAUUACAGCAAACACAGAUAGUGCAAUUGAAGCAAUAUGGCCCCGUUUCCGUUUGAGAAUCGAAAGUCGUUAUUUGUUUGUUUUUUUGGUUUCAAAAACUUUUUGGAUGUAUUUCCAGGAUGAAAAUAAGUAAAAUAUACUUUUGGGCAGCUUUGUGGCUGUUUUUUAUUUG